AUGGCAGCCAGUGACUCGGGAACAGAUGAGUCACUUUAUCCAAUUGCGGUACUCAUUGACGAACUCAAAAACGAGGAUGUACAAUUACGUUUAAAUUCGAUAAAGAAACUGUCGACAAUUGCCCUCGCCCUUGGGGUUGAAAGAACCAGAUCUGAACUCAUCCCCUUCCUCACUGAAACAAUUUAUGAUGAAGACGAAGUACUCUUGGCACUUGCAGAACAACUUGGAAGUUUUAUCAGUCUGGUUGGUGGUGGUGAGUUUGCCCACUGCCUAUUGCCUCCACUGGAAUCUCUUGCCACUGUAGAGGAGACAGUUGUCCGUGACAAGGCAGUUGCUUCACUCCGGGCUGUUGCUGCUCACCACUCCCCACAGGCCUUGGAGCAACAUUUUGUUCCUCUGGUGCAGAGGUUGGCUGGUGGAGAUUGGUUCACAUCAAGGGCAUCUGCUUGUGGACUAUUCAGUGUGUGCUACCCACGUGUGUCAGCGCCAGUAAAGGCUGAAUUGAGGGAACAUUUUCGCACACUGUGUCAAGAUGAUACACCAAUGGUGAGGAGAGCAGCUGCAUACAAACUUGGAGAGUUUGCGCGAGUUGUCGAAGUGGAGUAUGUUAAGAGUGAUCUCAUACCCAUGUUUGUAACAUUGGCACAGGAUGAUCAGGACUCAGUCCGUAUUCUAGCUGCAGAAGCCUGUGCAGCAGUAGCAGGCUUGCUUCCAGCUGAAGACUGUGAACAACUUGUGAUGCCAACUGUACGUGCUCGCGCUGGAGAUUCGUCGUGGCGUGUGCGAUACAUGCUAGCUGACAAAUUUGUAGAGCUGCAGCAAGCAGUAGGCCCAGAACUUGCCCGAUCCGACCUGGCGCAAAUUUUCCAGGCUUUGCUUAAAGACUCUGAAGCUGAAGUUCGCGCUGCUGCCGCUGGAAAGGUAAAGGAUUUCUGCAUGAAUUUGGACAAAGCCCACCAAGAGCACAUUAUCAUGAAUAUGAUCCUGCCACAAAUCAAGGACCUGGUCUGUGACCCUAACCAACAUGUCAAGUCUGCCCUGGCCUCUGUGAUCAUGGGACUCAGUCCAAUAGUGGGACGUCAAAACACCAUUGAACACCUAUUACCCCUAUUUCUGAUACAACUUAAAGAUGAGUGCCCAGAAGUUAGAUUAAACAUCAUAUCUAACCUUGAAUGUGUCAAUGAAGUGAUUGGAAUACAGCAAUUAGUUCAAUCCCUCUUACCAGCUAUCAUGGAGUUGGCUGAAGACACAAAAUGGAGAGUCCGCCUCGCUAUCAUUGAACACAUGCCCUUACUUGCUGGACAGCUGGGACAAGAAUUCUUUGACGAGAAACUCACUGGUCUGUGCAUGUCUUGGCUCUUUGACCACGUUUAUGCCAUCCGUGAAGCAGCAACUCUAAACUUAAAGAAGCUAGUUGAACAGUAUGGUCCAUCGUGGGCAGAGACAAACGUCAUACCCAAAGUCCUAGCCAUGUCACGAGAACAAAACUACUUGCACAGAAUGACCUAUCUAUUUUGCAUCAAUGUUUUAGCCGAAGUUUGUGGCAAGGACAUAACUACUAGAGUUCUUCUUCCCGCCAUAUUGUCUACGGCCGACGAUAGUGUUGCCAACGUGAGGUUCAAUGUCGCGAAGACUCUACAAAAGAUGGCGCCGUAUUUAGAUGUAGCUGUCAUUCAGCCACAAGUUAAACCUGUUUUGGAGAAGUUGAACGUAGAUCCCGAUGUUGAUGUGAAAUAUUUCGCCUCGGAAGCCAUUAUUGGUAUUGCCGGUUAA